GGCACAGAAGAAUAAGGCAGGAUGGAUGUGUACGACCCUCAGACGCUGGGUGUUGUGGUCUUUGGAGGCUUUAUGGUGAUAUCAGCCAUUGGGAUCUUCCUGGUGUCCACCUUCUCCAUGAAGGAGACUUCUUAUGAGGAAGCCUUGGCAAAGCAACGUAAGGAGCUUGAGAAGGCCAACCAGCAAAAAAUAGAGAAAAAGAAGAAGGAGAAACCUGUAGAGAAAAAAGGAAAAGCAAAGAAAAAGGAAGAAAAACCUAAUGGAAAGAUACCGGAGCAGCAAGUUACUCAGGAAGUGACUGACUCUUCCAAGGAUGUGGUUCUUGAGCCUGCUGUGGUGCCACAGCCCGUAACUGUUGAGUCUCCGAUCACAGCGGUGUCAGUGCCCCCCCAGGAAAAGGAGAAACCUGCUCCAUCUCCUAAGGAAAAGAGGAAGAAAGAGAAGAAAGUGGCAAAGGUAGAACCUGCUCCUAGCCCAGCAUUGGCGUCUACUCCUACCAGUGCUCCCAAAGGCUCUCCUGUCUUGGAGGUGACCCCUAAGGAGGUGCCUGUUGUGGCUGUGCCACCAGUUGGCACUCAGCAAAGUGCUCCGGUUGUCAGCUCCAUCCCCAUCAAAAAACCUGAGGCUCUUCCAACCCAUGAGGAGCAGAAGCAUGAUGGGCCUGUGAAGAAGAAGGCUGCAUCCAAGAAGAAGGCUGAACCGGCACCUGCAGACUCAGAUGGGCCCCUCUACCUGCCCUACAAGACACUGGUGUCCACCAUCAGCAGCAUGGCGUUCAGUGAGGGAGAGGCCCAGCAGCUCAUUGAGAUCCUGACAGAGAGAGCAGGCAUCGUGCAGGACACCUGGCACACGGCUACGCAGAAGGGUGACCCAGUCACUGUCCUCAAGCGCCAGCUGGAAGAGAAGGAGAAGCAGCUCGCUGCUGAGCAGGAGGACACAGCUGCUGCCAGAAACAAGCUGCGGGAGUUGAGCAAGGAACUGGCAGCUGAGAGGGCCAAAGCAGUGGCCAGCGAGAGCAAGCUGAAGGAACAGCUGGUCACCCGCGAGCGAGAGAUCACUGCUGUCCAGGCACGGAUGCAGGCGAGCUACCAGGACCAUGUUAAUGAAACGCAGCAGCUCCAGGGAAAGAUUCGGGCCCUGCAGGAGCAGCUUGAGAACGGCCCCAACACACAGCUUGCUCGCCUGCAACAGGAGAACUCCAUCCUGAGAGAUGCGCUGAACCAGGCUACCAGCCAGAUGGAGAGCAAGCAAAAUGCUGAGCUGGCUAAGUUACGGCAAGAAUGCAACAAGCUGAUGAAAGAGCUGUCUGAAAAAUCGGAGGUGCUGCAACAAGAGGAGCAGCAGAAAAAGAGCUGGGAGAUGAAAGCGGCGGCCUCGGAGAAGCAGAUCGAGCAGCUGCAGGCUUCCCAAAGAGAAGUGGAGGCGACACUGCAGAAGAGAUUGGAUGAAGUAAGCGACGAGCUCCGCAAAACCCAGACCAGCUACAGGAGCCUGGUAGCAGAUGCAGAAAAGGCCAAAGGGCAGCAGCAGAGCAUUGCUGAACUGCAGGCCAAGCUGCUGAGCUCCGAAACAGAGGUUAAAAGCAAAUUGCUGGAGCUGGACAACUUGAAGGGGAAACUGCAGGAUACCAGCUCGGAGAACACGAGGCUCCUGGAGAGAAUAAAAUCCAUUGAAGCUCUGCUGGAAGCAGGCCAGAUGAGGGAGGCAGAAAAAGACAGAGACCUGCAGGCAGCCAAUGAAGCAGAAAUGAAGCAGCUGCAGCUAAGGCUCCAGGAGAAAACGGACCAGCUCUCGUCCUUGGAAAGGGAAGCAGCAGAGCUGCGAGAGGCGAUGGAGCAACAGAAGACAAAAAACAAUGACCUUCGUGAGAAGAACUGGAAAGCAGUGGAAGCGUUGACCACAGUGGAGAAGGCAUGCGAGGAAAAGCUACUUGCUGCUACAAAAGCAAAGGAGGAGCUGGCCCACCAGCUUAACACGCUCCAGACACGAACCAAAGAGACUCUGCUCGCUGCUCUCCCAGAUGUCACCGUGUCACAGCAGGAUUAUGAGGCGUGGCUACAAGAAUUUAAGGAGAAAGCUGUGAAUGUGCUAAAGCAACACACAAUUACCACAGAGCCUGUGGAUUCAGCACUUAAACUGAAAGAAGCAGAGGAAGCGCAGAGCACUUUACAAGCAGAAUGCGAGCAGUACAGAGCUAUCCUUGCAGAGACAGAAGGAAUGCUGCGAGACCUGCAGAAGAGUGUGGAGGAGGAGGAGCAGGUGUGGAAAGCAAAGCUGACCCUCUCUGAAGAGGAACUCCAAAAGUCACAACUCCAAUUGAAAUCCCUUGAAGACAUGAUAGAGAAGUUGAAAGCAGAGCUGCAGAGCACUGACCAGCGAAAGGAAUACAUCUCUCUCCUGGAAGCGCAACUGGAAAAUCACUUGCAGACAGCCAGUUCCGAACGCCAAAACUACACAAAAGAAGUUGAAGGCCUGAGACAGCUCCUGUCAGAGUCCCAAGAGCAGCUGGAGGCAGCAAAGACAGAAACGCAGAAGCAGAGCAAGGAGCUGGCCCUGGUCAGGCAGCAGCUGAGUGAGAUGAAGAGCCACGUGCAGGAUGGAGAAGUAGUGGGGUCACGAGCUGACCUGGGUGAUCCCAUGCCCUUCGAGUUGAAAACGCAGCUGGAGCAGAACGAGGCACUGAUGGAGAAGGAGCAUGAGCUGAGGCAAAAGCUGGCACGGGAGCUGGAGGAGGCACAAAGGUCAGCGUGUGGCUUGCAAGCAGAGCUGGAGAAGUUGAGACUGGCUGAAAGUUCAGCAACUUCGGACACGGAGGAGGCCCAGCAACUCAAGGAAAGACUUGAAAAAGAAAAAAAGCUAACAAAGGACUUGGGCCAGGCAGCAACCAAACUACAGGAGCUACUGAAAGUUACCCAGGACCAACUGGCCAAAGAAAGAGAAACGGUGAAGAAGCUGAAAGAACAGCUUCAUGAAAAGGGGGAAGAGGACAGUUCAAAGGAAGGGACUUCAGUUUGAUGAGUCUGUGACCUAGAACGUACCGUUCAACUUACCAAAAUGCCUUACACAUUCCUAAAACAAAAAUAUAUGCUGAAUUUAUUGUAGAUAAGAUACAAUACAAGCCAUUAGUGACCCAAAACCUAGUUUUGAAACUUAAGAGGGGAGGGGGAAAAAAAAGAAGAAAAAAAAAAAAAAAAGUAAACAGUGCAGGAGUACAUUUGUAAGAAAAUCUUCAUACUGUUUUGUACAACCUUUCGUUCCCCUGGGUGCUGCCCUGGCCAGGCUGGGGCCGGGGCUUGACCCUCCUCGAACCCACGAAUGUGUGAAAAGGGAAGGCUGUGUUUGUACAUCAACUGGUGCAAUUAUUAUUAUAUAUAUAAAUAUAUAUAUUAUUUUUGUUGUUGUUUUUUGAGUGAAAGAAGUGUGAAAGUAAGACCCACGAUGGAAGGAAGCCUCUUGUUGAUGGGUGGCUCUGGGCACGUAUCCUUUUGUGUAUUUUCUGGGUGUCGAUGCAAUUAAAAUGACGUAGCGAAGAGAGCUUGUA